CUGCUUAUUUUAAAUGGAGUGGUGAUGGUUAAAGUCAAGCGUCGGAAAAGGUUUGCCACCGUCAAAAGGACUUUACAUCCUAAAGAUAUGAGGAUUCUGCACAACCGGACGAUGUCCAAGGAAAAAGGACCCAAAAUUUGUAGAAAUAUUGAAAAACCUGUGGGGUUAUUCUUUCACUAUAACACGCAACUUGGCCCGCCUUUUAGGAUACUUCUGGACACCAACUUUAUUAACUUCUCUAUCCAAAACAAACUUGAGUUAGUUUCGGCUAUGAUGGACUGUCUACUUGCAAAAUGUAUACCUUGUAUUACGGGCUGCGUUUUGGCGGAAUUAGAAAAGCUGGGUACUAAAUACAGGGUUGCUUUAAGGGUAGCCAAGGAUCCCCGCUUUGAAAGGUUAUGCUGUCUACACAAGGGCACCUACGCUGAUGACUGCCUGGUCAAUAGAGUUAUGGAACAUAAGUGUUAUAUAGUCGCAACUUGUGAUAAAGAGCUUAAGCGGCGCAUCCGCAAAAUACCAGGAAUACCUAUUAUGUCAAUAGUUAGAAGAAAGUACAGUAUUGAACGAAUGCCCGAUGACUUAGGCGCUACAAGGAACAUUUAGAACGAUGCAAAAAUUUUUUGGGGUCUCUACCCCCGUGUGCUGUGCGGUGUGUUCCCGAGGAGUGUCUUCCAGCGCGCACUUGGAACGGGGCAGCCCGAAUCUAUAAAGAAGAGACCCCUCCUUAGAAGACUGCGUCCUAUCGUCAACGAUCCGGUAUACCCUUGGCUCGGUGCUUUUUUCUACCAGUGUCACUCUUUCAGUGCUUCCCGUUCGGAACUUGGCAAGACCGUGGCGUUUGUGGCCAGCUUUUUUUAUAUCGAAAAAAAACUGCUAGUAAUGCGGGUUGCACCGAGAUAAAGAGUAGCAUUACCGUAUUUAACUUCGUCGGCUCCAUCGUGCCGCCUUUUGGAGAAUAACUCCGCUUCGUUAUAAAUAUUUCCUUCGCGAUCCCCCUUCAUCUUAAAUUAAGUCAGAGUCGUGAG